GAGCGCUGUCCCUUCUCUCCCCGCAGGUGGUGGUGGGGAACGAUAAGUCGUUCACCUAUGACUAUGUGUUCGACCCCUCUGUUGAACAAGAGGAAGUCUUCAACACAGCCGUCGCCCCGCUCAUACGGGGCAUCUUCAAAGGGUAUAAUGCCACUGUCUUAGCCUACGGACAGACGGGAUCUGGAAAAACGUACUCUAUGGGAGGUACCUACACUGCCAGUCAAGAGGAUGACCCCAGUGUGGGGGUCAUCCCUCGGGUCAUCAAACUGCUGUUUAAGGAGAAGGAGCAAAGACAGGAUUGGGAAUUCGUCCUCAAAGUUUCUUAUCUAGAGAUCUACAAUGAGGAUAUUCUAGACCUGCUGUGCCCGUCAAGAGAGCGCUCUUCUCAAAUCAGUAUACGGGAAGAUCCUAAAGAAGGCAUAAAGAUUGUAGGGUUAACAGAAAGAAAUGUCACCUGUGCCCAAGAUACUGUAUCCUGCUUAGAGCAAGGGAACAAUUCCAGAACGGUGGCCUCCACGGCAAUGAACUCCCAGUCCUCGCGGUCCCAUGCCAUCUUCACUGUUUGCAUUGAUCAGAAAAAGAAAAAUGACAAGAACACCAGCUUUCACUCCAAGCUACACCUGGUUGAUCUUGCUGGCUCUGAGAGACAAAAGAAGACCAAGGCUGAGGGAGACCGACUAAAAGAGACUGGCAUCAACAUAAACAGAGGUCUCCUCUGCCUGGGGAAUGUGAUUAGUGCUCUGGGUGAUGAAAAUAAAAAGGGCGGGUUUGUCCCCUACAGAGACUCAAAGUUAACAAGACUGCUGCAAGAUUCUUUGGGUGGUAACAGCCACACUCUCAUGAUUGCCUGUGUAAGCCCAGCGGAUUCCAAUUUAGAAGAAACUCUAAAUACUUUGCGUUAUGCUGACAGAGCAAGAAAAAUAAAAAAUAAACCAAUUGUCAACCUCGAUCCCCAGGCGGCUGAGCUGCAUCACCUGAAGCAGCAGGUUCAACAGCUACAGGUGUUACUGCUGCAGGCCCAUGGAGGGACCCUCCCAGUGUCUGUCAAUAGUAUGGCACCUUCGGAGAAUCUUCAGUCCCUGAUGGAGAAGAACCAGUCGCUAAUGGAGGAGAAUCAGAAGCUGAGCCGAGGGCUGAGUGAGGCUGCUGGUCAGACAGCACAGAUGUUGGAGAGGAUCAUUCUGACAGAACAAGAAAAUGAGAAGAUGAAUGCCAAACUAGAACAACUUCAGCAACAUGCUCUAUGCAAGCUUGAUCUGCAGAAGCUGGUAGAGACUGUAGAAGAUGCGGAACUAAAAGAGAACGUAGAGGUGAUUCGCGAUCUGCAGCAAGUGUUGGCUCAGUUUCAGAGUGAAAAUGCUGCUACAAUGGAAGCUGCUGCGGAGAUGGCAAGCUCUGAGCAGGAUGCUACAGCUGAAGCUGAGAUGGGCCAGGAUACCAAGAGAUCUUCGGAUGACUUCACCACUCAACAUGCCCUCCGUCAAGCACAGAUGUCCAAAGAGCUGCUUGAAUUGAACAAAGCCCUGUCUCUGAAAGAGGCACUUGCCAAAAAAAUGACCCAGAAUGAUAGUCAGCUGGAGCCCAUUCAGUCCCAAUACCAGACUAAUAUCAAGGAUCUGGAGCUGGAGGUCAGCAAUUUGCAAAAAGAAAAGGAAGAGUUGAUCCUUGCUCUGCAUAUGGCAAAGAAGGAUGUCAACCAAGCCAAACUGAGUGAACGGCGUCGGAAGAGACUUCUGGAGUUGGAAGGGCAAAUAAAUGAGCUGAAGAAAAAGCUGAAUGAGCAAUCAAAGCUAUUAAAGCUGAAGGAGUCUACAGAGCGCACAGUCUCCAAGCUGAACCAGGAGAUCAGGGAAAUGAAAAGCCAACGAGUACAGCUGAUGCGCCAAAUGAAAGAAGAUGCUGAGAAAUUCAGGCAAUGGAAACAACAGAAGGACAAGGAAGUGAUCCAGCUGAAAGCACGGGAUCGCAAGAGGCAAUAUGAGCUACUUAAGCUAGAACGAGAUUUCCAGAAGCAGGCCAGUGUACUUCGGCGCAAAACAGAAGAGGCAGCAGCUGCUAACAAGCGCUUAAAGGAUGCUCUGCAGAAACAACGGGAGGCUGCAGAUAAACGGAAAGAGACUCAAAAUCGGGGAAUGGAAGGAGUUGCUGCACGAGUAAAAAGCUGGCUUGCAAAUGAAGUAGAGGUUCUUGUUAGUACUGAAGAGGCUCGACGGCACCUUGCAGACCUUCUGGAGGACAGAAAGAUCUUGGCACAGGAGCUCCUUCAGCUUAAAGAGAAGAAAGAGGCUGGGGAAAACCCACCUCUAAAGCUCCGGAGACGCACCUACUCCCUCGCAGAUUUGGAGGCAUCAGAGAUGGACGUUUCCAUAUCGAAGCAGAUAGAAAGCCUGGAAACUGAGAUGGGGCUCAGGAGUGCCCAGAUAGCGGAUCUACAGCAGAAACUCUUGGAUGCAGACAAUGGAGAUCGUGCGAAACAGCGUUGGGACAGUAUUGCAACAAUUCUAGAGGCUAAAUGUGCUUUGAAGUAUCUCCUUGGAGAGCUGGUCUCCUCAAAGGUGCAGGAAAGCAAACUGGAGAGCAGCCUUCAGCAGAGUAAAGCCAGCUGCUCGGACAUGCAAAAGAUGCUGAUUGAAGAGCGAAACCACAUAACAGAGAUGGAGGCUGAUUUCCAAAAUCAUCUUUUGGUGCAGGAACAACACCACCAAGAAAAGGUUCUGUACCUGCUUAGCCAAUUUCAGCAAAAAGAAGCAGCAGAGAAGAGACUGGAAGAGUCACUGAAUGAGCAGGAGAAACAGCUGCAAGAGCGACUCAAGUUCCAGGAGGAAGAGUUGGAGAAAAUGAGGGAGAUCUGUCAGAAGAACCAAGAACUUCUCCAGGAAAACGACACUCUUAAACAGAAACUGCUGCUCCUCCAAGUUGCCAGUGGACAGAAGCUCCGUCACAUUCAGCAAAUCCCGUCUGACUCCCCAGAUUCUUCUUUUGAUUAUAUUCCACCCAAACCAAAGACUCGCCGGCAAACGACAGCAAAACCCCGUGCACCGACCCCAGUAAUGCAUGUGGAAGAGCUGUUCUCUGACUCGGGGGAGUCUGGAGGGGAGACGGAUGCAGAGUGGGUUCCAGUAAAAGCAGCCAAAGGACCAAAGAAAAGCGUGCUGGGGUGCUCCUGCAAGGGCCGGUGUGGGAAUCGGCAGUGCGGCUGCAGGAAGCAGAAGGUGGGCUGCACCAACGGCUGUAGCUGUGACUCAACAAGAUGCAGAAACAGAGAGGCUGGCUUUCAGGAUGCCACCCCGUGUGAGGACCAAACCAGGGACUUUGAAGGUUCCUUCAAACUCGAAGACCCCACCGAAGUGACUGCAGGAGAGACCUUCUUUCAGCCUGUGUGCAUCACACCAACUACAAAGGUGCUGAAAGAUAUCACAGACCAAGAUGUGUUCCUGAAGAAGCCCAGCACUGCUGCUUCCCUGCUGGUGAGAGAUGAUGAGUCCCAAGAGAACCACAUACCCCUUGUCAAGAGAAAGAAGAGAAUGCUGAGUAGCAAUACGAGCUUUUUCUCGGGUUGUACCCCGAUCAAAGAGGAGCUCAACUAA